AUGCCCAAGUUGACUGCUCAAGGCAACAAGAAACCGGCUAUAAAUACUCCACCAAAUCCCCCUCUGGGAGAACUAUCAUUCCACAAAACACACAAGAAUCUGAGACUCGCCCUACUACCAAACACUUCACUAUCAAUCACUCUGAUACCACUCCCUCUACUAUCAACAUUCAUUCCCAACGCCUUUUUCUUUGCUACCCCUGCCCUCUUUUGGUUGAUUUCUUUAAUACAACCACAAAAAAUGGCCACCACGCUUCUUGAAUAUCUUACCCAGCCUAAUCCAGCAGUUGAAAACUCCCGCUCUCUGCAGGGCCUACCAUCGAAAUGUGAACCAAAAGAAGAAAUCCAUCUUGAGGAUUGGAAGCACUUUACCUACUCAACUCUGAUGUCUUGCUACGGCCACAUUUUGACUACUUCGAUUCACGGUCCAUUGCCCGAAAUCUCUCCUCCCGUGAGAAAUAUCGAGCUCAGAAUAUUCGAUGAAGACUCCCUUGAUCACCUCUUAACUCGCACGGUCGUUCCUCCUGUUAACGAGAGUCUCAGGAUGGCCUGGAGGGGAUAUUACUCAGAUUACCCUGGACUGGCUAUUGAUAUGACCCGAGGGGGCCGAGCAAGAGCCUUUCAGAAUGACAUUCCCGUACCUGGUGUGCCGACUGAGACACGAUCUCGAGAUUCCAGUGACCAGACGCCAGUAUUCCCUGACUGGGCUGGCAUACAAGCAGCUUCAGGCCAAGCGCCAUACCUUAACCGAUGCCCAGGCGAUUCAAAGCUGUCAUCAAAAUGGCAAUCCAACGCAGAUACGGACAAGGCAUUUUACAAAUGGCCUUAUGCUCAACUUAUCAAAUACUGUGGGGAAACUUGGAAUACCAGAUAUGGGUAUAUAAUUACCGACAAAGAGCUUGUUGUUCUACGCAUCUCAAGGGCAAUGAUUCCGUCAGGAAUUGCUAAUAAGAGGUCCCCACGCAAUGUUGCUUCUCAGCUCUCUCGCACAACGGGACAGGACAGUCCGCUCUUUGUAUCGUCUAGCCCCCCAAGCAUCCGGUCCUCCCCUGCGCGCCAGGGCCAUCUGCGAAACAUUUCAGCUUCUUCCGCCGCUAGUGCUAUGUCAAUAGACCGAUCCUCAAGCCGGCCUCGACAAUCUUCUAUCGCUGCUAGCUUCUCUUCACUAUCCAUGAGUGAGGCGAGCGAACACGCUCCUGGUAGCGAAAGAAUGUCUAGCAGUGAUCACAUGCCCAGUAGUCAGUCAUAUAGAGAUGACGGUCGAGGUGGGGAGUACAGGCCUAUCGAGAUGAAGAGUAUUCCCUGGGAUAAUUCAGGCAAGGGAAAAUUAACGGUCAAGCUUGCCCUGUGGUGGAUCCAUAUGAUGGCAGCUGCACCUGGAUGUGAUACUACCAUUGGGCCCGAAUAUCCACCCAUCGAUUCUUGGGUGCCUCAUCCUCAAGAAGGGGGCUACCGUCAUACCACAACUGGGUUGUUUUCUAAGAAACUUCCAAAAAAUGCUAAAGAAAUAUCACCUCGUCGAGCAGCUCGAGGCAUAGUGACACCACCACGUCAACGACAGCCUUCAGGCUCGCCACCUGCAGGACAUCUAUCUUCUCCUAACCAACAAUCUCCCCAACAUCCUACUAAAGAAGAAAUUACUGGGAUGUGCUGGAUACCAGAGCGGUCUCGGUGGCAGUAUCGAACAAGACAUGGUUCUGUGGGUCUCAUACGUCACGGAGUUCCAAUCCGGAGUAGUGACGGAAGUUAUUAUUACAUACAACGGACGCGCGAAGGAGGUUCACAAUGGGUACGAGCAGAAUCCGAAGAUGAGGAGGAUGAAGAGGAAGAAGAAGAUGAAGACGAUGACAAUAAUGAAAAUGAAUUUAGCAGGGGUCUGCCCCCGGCGUCUAACAGGUAUCGGAGGUAUUGA